CAGACACAGGUCGUAAUGACAGUUUGCUGCAGCCCGUCAAUGAGGGGAUCUGCUGGCGCUCUGCCUGUGUUUGGAGCAGCACACCAGCUCUAGCCAACAAGACUGUCGCCUGCGCUGGCUCAGGCCAGCUCGUGCUAUCUGCCGUCCGCUUGUUGCACGGCUUUGGGGACUGGGCACUCACGGAGCCUGGUCUCCAUCUGUUGCAGGCGUGCAGCGGCAGCAGCUCGGAGAGCAGCCAAACCCUAAAAGUCGCCUGGGCUGGAGGGACUGGGAAAGCCCUCCUCCCAUGGGCCUUUGGAGAGAGGCAGCAGGAUUUUGCAGAGCUGGGAGCGCUGUGUGUCCCUGUCACCAGCACCUUGCAGCCCUGCACUUCUGAUUAGCGCCCGGCCAGAGGAGGCCUCCGGAACCACCUGGGGCUGAGACCUGAGUUCCUUUGCCAUGCCUCUCCUGGAUGGAGAUCUGGAGAAUUCAGAAAAGCAUUCUCGGAAGGUGGACAGCCCCUUCGGCUCGGGCAGUCCCUCCAAAGGCUUCUUCUCCAGAGUUCCGCAGCACCGGCCCUCCAGCCCCGUGUCAGCCCCCGUGAGGCCUAAGACCAGCCCCGGGUCUCCCAAAACCGUGUUCCCGUUCUCCUACCAGGAGUCCCCACCGCGCUCCCCUCGACGCAUGAGCUUCAGUGGGUUCUUCCGCUCUUCAUCCAAAGAGUCCUCCCCCACCUCCAACCCGUCUACCUCGCCCGGGGGCAUCCGGUUCUUCUCCCGCUCCAGAAAAACCUCGGGCCUCUCUUCCUCCCCGUCCACGCCCACCCAAGUGACCAAGCAGCAUACAUUUCCUCUCGAAUCCUAUAAGCAUGAGCCUGAGCGACUGGAAAAUCGAAUCUAUGCAUCGUCUUCUCCUCCAGACACAGGCCAGAGGUUCUGUCCAUCGUCCUUCCAGAGUUCAGCCAGGCCUCUGUCUGCAUCACCGACACACUAUGCGCUCUUCAAAACCGCGGCGCUGGCGGCGGCCCCGGGACCCGCGGAAGCCGGCAUGCUGGAGAAAUUCGAGUUGGAAGAAGAAGCAGAAGACUCAGAAAGUGGUGUUUACAUGCGAUUCAUGAGGUCACACAAGUGUUAUGACAUUGUCCCAACCAGUUCAAAGCUUGUCGUCUUUGAUACCACAUUGCAAGUUAAAAAGGCUUUCUUUGCCUUAGUAGCCAAUGGUGUUCGAGCCGCGCCUCUGUGGGAGAGUAAAAAGCAGAGUUUUGUAGGAAUGCUAACAAUUACAGAUUUCAUAAAUAUACUACAUAGAUACUAUAAAUCACCCAUGGUACAGAUUUAUGAAUUAGAGGAACAUAAAAUUGAAACAUGGAGGGAGCUUUAUUUACAAGAAACAUUUAAGCCUUUAGUGAAUAUAUCUCCAGAUGCAAGCCUCUUCGACGCUGUAUACUCGUUGAUCAAAAAUAAAAUCCACAGAUUGCCAGUUAUUGACCCGCUCAGUGGGAAUGCACUUUACAUACUUACCCACAAAAGAAUCCUCAAGUUCCUCCAGCUUUUUAUGUCUGACAUGCCAAAGCCUGCCUUCAUGAAGCAGAACCUGGAUGUACUUGGAAUUGGGACCUACCACAACAUUGCCUUCAUCCACCCGGACACGCCUAUCAUUAAAGCCCUGAACGUGUUUGUGGAAAGACGAGUGUCCGCCUUGCCUGUUGUGGACGAGUCAGGAAAAGUUGUAGAUAUUUAUUCCAAAUUUGAUGUAAUUAACCUUGCUGCUGAAAAAACAUACAAUAACCUAGAUAUCACAGUGACCCAGGCGCUUCAGCACCGUUCACAGUAUUUCGAGGGUGUUGUGAAGUGCAGUAAGCUGGACAUACUGGAGACCAUUGUGGACAGAAUAGUAAGAGCUGAGGUCCAUCGGCUGGUGGUGGUAAAUGAAGCAGACAGUAUCGUGGGUAUUAUUUCCCUGUCUGAUAUCUUGCAAGCUCUGAUCCUCACACCCCCAGGUGCCAAACAAAAGGAGCCGGAAACGGAAUGACCGCUGUGAACGGUCAAGCCCUUGUAGAAGAACCUGAACAAAGAUUCUGGGUCACGCUUUGCCUCCUGAACACUGACCACAACAGAAGAGAGGAAAAUGGCUAAGAAUGUAUAUCAGGGUUUAGUGAUGGGUGUUUCUUCCAGUGAUGUGGAAACUAAGCAUAAAGAAAGGAAAGACUGUGUGUGAAGAUUCGGGCUUGCAUUAAAAGACUGUUUUCAGACCUUUGUCUGAAAGUUUUCGAAUGCUGUAUGUCAUUGAAGUGCACUGUAUCCUGAAAUGUUUGAUCAUUUUUCAUUUCAAAGAAUUCACUGGUAUGUAACAGGUAAUGUGACAUAAGGCGAGUGUGUGGCAUAUUCAGAUCUAGUGCCUUAUGUCAGAACUCAGCGCUAUGUCAUCACUACUGCCCAUCGCAGCGGGAGCGUGGACUUGUGUGAACGGACACUGAGCUAGCGUGUGAACAUCUUUGAACCUUUACCAAAUCAGUUUGUUUUCAUUAGAUUCAUUGAACAGCUGUAAUUUGAAGAUAAAUAAUUACUUUUUAAAACUUUAAUGACAGUUUUAUGUCUAAGUGUUCUGAACUGUCGUGUAAACGAGACUGCUUUACAACAGCUUUAUUUAUUUUUACUUUCAUGCAAUUUUUUUACACAUCUUUUGGUGGGUAAAUGUCACCAUGCCCAUUAAUAAACCAUUGGUUGUUAUUUUUAAAUGGCAAAUUUUUCAUUAUUUAAGUUUGGAUCUGGAAAGGAUGUGACUUCUAAAAUAGCCGCUGUUGGGAUUUCAAAGCUGAAGUUUCUAAAAGCAUGUGUGGAAGCCCGCUCUGCUGGACUGCGCACAGGCAGCGGUUUGAGGAAACAAAGUGCCGGGAAGAUGUCUAUUUUUUUUCUUGUGUACUGAAAUGUAAAAUCAUGGUGUCUGUAUGACUGCUGAUGCAAUCGUUUGUCUAAAUCUUAUUGUGGCAUAUACAGUAUUGUCAUACAGUUGAAGAGAAACAAUGUUUCCUAAUGUAAGUGCUCUGAAAAUGUUGACACUGUAUAUAUGAAUAUAGUUUGGUUUUUUGUUUUGGGGUUUGUUUGUUUUUUCAGAUUGAAAAAUUAAAAUAAAUCUUACUGUCUACCA